UUGCAGCAAAAAUCGUACACCUACCAAAUUCUGCAAGCAAUAUGUUUCUGUCACCAGAGACGUGUGUUGCAUCGUGAUUUGAAGCCGCAGAAUCUUCUUGUUGAUGAAAAAGGUACCAUCAAGAUCGCUGAUUUCGGCUUGGCUCGAGCAGUCAACGUUCCGAUAAGAGCUUAUACACAUGAGGCGAGUUUUUUUCCCCUUUGGAUUUUUCUGCAGUAUGCUUGUGAUGGAUUGAAAUGGCCCAACAUCGAAUUACUGCGAACUGUCACUACUGGAAUUCCCAAGUCGCCAAGAUUUAGACACAGCCAGAAGCAAGUUUUCUAG